GGUGUCUCCCUCUCUCUGCCUCUGCAGAAACAGCUCCCUGCCAGAACGGCGCUCGGCGCGGCGCGGCGCGGCCCGGAGCGGCGACGGCGGCUCUUCCUGCCUCCUCGCCCUCAGGAGUUGGUGGCUCUUUUUGACAGAAAAAAACCGGGAAGGGGCCUUGGGGAAGACUCGCCAAGAGUGGGCAGAGACAUCUCAGCCCCCUGGUGGCCCGGGCGGACCCCCUUCGCCCCCCCGUCUUGGGGUCCAUUGCUCUCGCUUGCCCCUCCUUUCCGCCUCUUCUUGCUCUGCCUCUCUCGAUUUAUUUUUUCAAAUGGUGUAGCCGCCAGAGGUGCGGUGCUAAAUUCUUGGAAGGGGCCCGGAUGUACUGAGGAUGCAUUACAAUCUCACUAAAGGAGGCAGUAGUGGAAAGGAGCAGUUUUUGGUGUUCGAUGCAAUAAUGGGAAUCAGGUAAUCAUCAGAAGGGAAGAAGAAAUACUGCGGAUCCACGGCUUCCUUGAAUUGUGCACGAAAGCCGCCGACCUCGGAGGAGGGAUUAAUCCAGACCCGCUUGGGGUGUUUUCACAUUUCUUCCUCUUUGUGGCUUCUUCUCCUUUUUCCAACAAUUUUUGGUCAAUGGUCAAUGAAAAUACGAGGAUGUACAUUCCAGAGGAAAACCACCAAGGUUCCAACUAUGGGAGCCCGCGCUCAGCCAACAUGAAUGCCAACGCAGCUGCAGGGCUCGCCCCUGAGCACAUCCCCACCCCAGGGGCAGCCCUGUCUUGGCAAGCAGCCAUCGAUGCAGCCCGGCAGGCCAAGCUGAUGGGCAGUGCUGGCAAUGCGACCAUCUCCACAGUCAGCUCCACGCAGCGGAAACGGCAGCAGUAUGGGAAACCCAAAAAACAGAGUGGCACAACUGCCACGCGGCCACCCCGUGCCCUGCUCUGUCUGACCCUGAAGAACCCCAUCCGGAGAGCAUGUAUAAGCAUCGUCGAAUGGAAACCAUUUGAAAUAAUUAUUUUACUGACUAUUUUUGCCAAUUGUGUGGCCUUAGCAAUCUAUAUUCCCUUUCCAGAAGAUGAUUCCAAUGCCACCAAUUCCAACCUGGAACGAGUGGAAUAUCUCUUUCUCAUAAUUUUUACUGUGGAAGCAUUUUUAAAAGUAAUCGCCUAUGGUCUUCUCUUUCACCCCAACGCUUACCUCCGCAACGGUUGGAAUUUACUAGAUUUUAUAAUUGUGGUUGUAGGGCUUUUUAGUGCAAUUUUAGAACAAGCAACCAAAGCAGAUGGGGCCAAUGCUCUCGGAGGGAAAGGGGCUGGAUUUGACGUGAAGGCGCUGCGGGCUUUCCGUGUGCUGCGUCCCCUGAGGCUGGUGUCUGGAGUCCCAAGUCUGCAGGUGGUCCUGAACUCCAUCAUCAAGGCCAUGGUGCCCUUGCUGCACAUUGCCCUGCUCGUGCUGUUUGUCAUCAUCAUCUACGCCAUCAUCGGCCUGGAGCUCUUCAUGGGGAAGAUGCAUAAGACGUGCUAUAACCAGGAGGGCAUAGCAGAUGUUCCAGCAGAAGAGGAUCCUUCCCCCUGUGCUUUAGAGACAGGCCAUGGGCGGCAGUGUCAGAACGGCACUGUGUGCAAGCCCGGGUGGGAUGGUCCCAAGCACGGCAUCACCAACUUCGACAAUUUCGCCUUUGCCAUGUUGACAGUGUUCCAGUGCAUCACCAUGGAGGGCUGGACGGACGUGCUGUAUUGGAUGCAGGACGCUAUGGGCUAUGAGUUACCCUGGGUGUAUUUUGUCAGUCUGGUCAUCUUUGGAUCCUUUUUCGUUCUAAAUCUGGUUCUCGGUGUGUUGAGCGGAGAGUUUUCCAAAGAGAGGGAGAAGGCCAAGGCUCGGGGAGACUUCCAGAAGCUAAGAGAGAAACAGCAGCUGGAAGAAGACCUCAAAGGCUACCUGGACUGGAUCACCCAGGCGGAAGACAUCGACCCUGAGAACGAGGACGAAGGCAUGGAUGAGGAGAAGCCCCGAAACAGAGGCACUCCAGCGGGCUUGCUUGAUCAGAAGAAAGGGAAGUUUGCUUGGUUUAGUCACUCCACAGAAACCCAUGUGAGUAUGCCCACAAGUGAGACCGAGUCCGUCAACACCGAAAAUGUGGCUGGAGGUGACAUCGAAGGAGAAAACUGCGGGGCCAGGCUGGCCCACCGGAUCUCCAAAUCAAAGUUCAGCCGCUACUGGCGCAGAUGGAAUCGGUUCUGCAGGAGAAAGUGCCGGGCCGCAGUCAAGUCUAAUGUCUUCUAUUGGCUCGUGAUCUUCCUGGUGUUCCUCAACACGCUCACCAUCGCCUCGGAACAUUACAACCAGCCCCACUGGCUCACCGAAGUGCAAGACACAGCCAACAAGGCCCUACUGGCCCUUUUCACUGCAGAGAUGCUCCUGAAGAUGUACAGCCUGGGCCUGCAGGCCUACUUCGUGUCCCUCUUCAAUCGCUUUGACUGCUUCAUCGUGUGUGGGGGCAUCCUGGAGACCAUCCUAGUGGAGACCAAGAUCAUGUCUCCCUUGGGCAUCUCUGUGCUGAGAUGCGUCCGGCUGCUGAGGAUAUUUAAAAUCACAAGGUACUGGAACUCCCUAAGCAACCUGGUGGCGUCCUUACUGAACUCUGUGCGGUCCAUCGCCUCCCUGCUUCUGCUUCUCUUCCUCUUUAUCAUCAUCUUCUCCCUCCUGGGGAUGCAGCUCUUUGGAGGAAAGUUCAACUUUGAUGAGAUGCAGACUCGGAGGAGCACAUUUGAUAACUUCCCCCAGUCCCUCCUCACUGUGUUUCAGAUCCUGACCGGGGAGGACUGGAAUUCGGUGAUGUAUGAUGGGAUCAUGGCUUAUGGCGGCCCCUCUUUUCCAGGGAUGUUAGUCUGUAUUUACUUCAUCAUCCUCUUCAUCUGUGGAAAUUAUAUCCUACUGAAUGUAUUCUUGGCCAUUGCUGUGGACAACCUGGCUGAUGCUGAGAGUCUCACCUCUGCCCAAAAGGAAGAGGAAGAAGAGAAAGAGAGAAAGAAGCUGGCCAGACCGGCCAGGACUGCCAGCCCAGAGAAGAAACAAGAGGUGGUGGAGAAGCCAGCAGUGGAGGAAACCAAGGAGGAGAAAAUUGAGCUGAAAUCCAUUACUGCUGAUGGAGAGUCUCCCCCCACCACCAAGAUCAACAUGGACGACCUCCAACCCAAUGAGAAUGAGGAUAAAAGUUCCUACCCGAACCCAGAGGCUGCAGGAGAAGAGGAUGAGGAGGAGCCCGAGAUGCCUGUUGGGCCCCGCCCACGACCACUGUCUGAGCUGCACCUUAAGGAAAAGGCAGUGCCCAUGCCAGAAGCCAGUGCGUUUUUCAUCUUCAGCCCCAACAACAGGUUUCGCCUUCAGUGUCACCGCAUUGUCAAUCACACGAUCUUCACCAAUCUGAUCCUCUUCUUCAUUCUGCUCAGCAGCAUUUCCCUGGCUGCUGAGGACCCCGUCCAGCACACCUCCUUCAGGAACCAUAUCCUAGGCAAUGCAGACUAUGUCUUCACUAGUAUCUUUACAUUAGAAAUUAUCCUUAAGAUGACUGCUUACGGGGCUUUCCUACACAAGGGCUCUUUCUGCCGGAACUACUUCAACAUCUUAGACCUGCUGGUGGUCAGCGUGUCCCUCAUCUCCUUUGGCAUUCAGUCUAGUGCAAUCAAUGUUGUGAAGAUCUUGCGAGUCCUGCGAGUACUUAGACCCCUGAGGGCCAUCAACAGGGCCAAGGGGCUAAAGCAUGUAGUCCAGUGUGUGUUUGUUGCCAUCCGGACCAUCGGGAACAUCGUGAUUGUCACCACACUGCUGCAGUUCAUGUUUGCCUGCAUCGGGGUCCAGCUCUUCAAGGGAAAGCUCUAUACCUGCUCAGAUAGUUCCAAACAGACUGAGGCAGAAUGCAAGGGUAACUAUAUCACAUACAAAGACGGAGAGGUUGACCACCCCAUCAUCCAGCCCCGCAGCUGGGAGAACAGCAAGUUUGACUUCGACAAUGUUCUGGCAGCCAUGAUGGCUCUCUUCACCGUCUCAACCUUUGAGGGGUGGCCAGAGCUGCUGUACCGCUCCAUCGACUCCCACACGGAAGACAAGGGCCCCAUCUACAACUACCGCGUGGAGAUCUCCAUCUUUUUCAUCAUCUACAUCAUCAUCAUUGCCUUCUUCAUGAUGAACAUCUUCGUGGGUUUCGUCAUCGUCACCUUCCAGGAGCAGGGAGAGCAAGAGUACAAGAACUGUGAGCUGGACAAAAACCAGCGACAGUGUGUGGAAUAUGCCCUCAAGGCCCGGCCCCUGCGGAGGUACAUCCCCAAGAACCAGCACCAAUACAAAGUGUGGUACGUGGUCAACUCUACCUACUUUGAGUACCUGAUGUUCGUCCUCAUCCUGCUCAACACCAUCUGCUUGGCCAUGCAGCACUAUGGCCAGAGCUGCCUGUUCAAGAUCGCCAUGAACAUCCUCAACAUGCUCUUCACUGGCCUCUUCACUGUGGAGAUGAUCCUGAAGCUCAUCGCCUUCAAACCCAAGCACUAUUUCUGUGAUGCAUGGAAUACAUUUGACGCCUUGAUUGUUGUGGGUAGCAUUGUUGAUAUAGCAAUCACCGAGGUAAACCCAAGACCUAGAAUACCGGGCAUCUUCGUUGGAGACUCAUUACAGCUUAUCUCUGUCUGCCUUUCUUUAAAGCCAGCUGAACAUACCCAAUGCUCUCCCUCUAUGAAUGCAGAGGAGAACUCCCGCAUCUCCAUCACCUUCUUCCGCCUCUUCCGGGUCAUGCGCCUGGUCAAGCUGCUGAGCCGUGGGGAGGGUAUCCGGACCCUGCUGUGGACCUUCAUCAAAUCCUUCCAGGCCCUGCCCUACGUGGCCCUUCUGAUAGUGAUGCUGUUCUUCAUCUAUGCAGUCAUUGGGAUGCAGGUAUUUGGAAAAAUUGCCCUGAAUGAUACCACAGAGAUCAACCGGAACAACAAUUUUCAGACCUUCCCCCAAGCUGUGCUGCUGCUCUUCAGGUGUGCCACGGGGGAGGCCUGGCAGGACAUUAUGCUGGCCUGCAUGCCAGGCAAGAAGUGUGCCCCAGAAUCCGAGCCCAGUAACAGCACAGAGGGAGAGACGCCCUGUGGCAGCAGCUUCGCCGUCUUCUACUUCAUCAGCUUCUACAUGCUCUGUGCCUUCCUGAUCAUCAACCUCUUUGUAGCUGUCAUCAUGGACAACUUUGACUACCUGACAAGGGACUGGUCAAUCCUGGGUCCCCACCACCUGGAUGAAUUUAAGAGGAUCUGGGCAGAGUAUGACCCUGAGGCCAAGGGUCGCAUCAAACACCUAGACGUGGUGACCCUCCUCCGGCGUAUUCAGCCCCCCCUGGGGUUUGGGAAGCUGUGUCCUCAUCGUGUGGCCUGCAAACGUCUGGUCUCCAUGAACAUGCCUCUGAACAGCGAUGGGACAGUCAUGUUCAAUGCCACCCUGUUUGCCCUGGUCAGGACAGCCCUGAGGAUCAAGACAGAAGGGAACCUGGAGCAAGCCAAUGAGGAGCUGCGGGCCAUCAUCAAGAAGAUCUGGAAAAGGACCAGCAUGAAGCUGCUGGACCAAGUGGUGCCUCCUGCAGGUGAUGACGAGGUUACAGUUGGCAAAUUUUAUGCCACUUUCCUGAUCCAAGAAUACUUCCGGAAAUUCAAGAAGCGUAAAGAGCAAGGGCUUGUGGGAAAGCCCUCCCAGAGGAACGCCCUGUCACUGCAGGCUGGCUUGCGUACACUGCACGACAUCGGGCCUGAGAUCCGAAGGGCCAUCUCUGGAGAUCUGACUGCCGAGGAAGAGCUGGACAAGGCCAUGAAGGAGGCUGUGUCUGCUGCCUCCGAAGACGACAUCUUCAGGAGGGCCGGGGGCCUGCUGGUCAACCAUGUCAACUACUACCAAAGCGACAGCCGGGGCGCCUUCCCACAGACCUUCACCACCCAGCGCCCGCUGCACAUCAACAAGGCGGGUAACAACCAAGGCGACACUGAAUCGCCCUCCCACGAGAAACUAGUGGACUCCACUUUCACCCCCAGCAGCUACUCAUCCACCGGCUCCAACGCCAACAUCAACAAUGCCAACAACACCGCCCUAGGCCGCUUCCCCCGCCCCAGCGGCUACCCCAGCACAGUCAGCACCGUGGAGGGCCAUGGGCCCCCCUUGUCUCCUGCCAUCCGGGUGCAGGAGGCUGCCUGGAAGCUCAACUCCAGGAGGACACACUGCUAUGAGAUACUGGGACGGUGCUCCUCCCGGGACAGCCAGUUAGCCAUGGUGUGUCAAGAGGACGGGUCUCGAGAGGAGACCUACGACGUGAAGAUGAGCGAAGAGGCCGAGUACUGCAGCGAGCCCAGCCUUCUCUCCACAGAGAUGCUCUCCUACCAGGAUGAUGAAAAUCGACAGUUGACGCCUCCAGAGGAGGACAAGAGGGACAUCCGGCAAUCUCCAAAGAGGGGUUUCCUCCGCUCUGCCUCACUAGGUCGAAGGGCCUCCUUCCACCUAGAGUGUCUGAAGCGACAGAAGAAUCAAGGGGGAGACAUCUCUCAGAAGACAGUCCUACCCUUGCAUCUGGUCCAUCAUCAGGCAUUGGCAGUGGCGGGCCUGAGCCCUCUCCUCCAGAGAAGCCAUUCCCCCACCACGUUCCCCAGGCCAUGUGCCACACCCCCUGCCACACCUGGUACCCGAGCCUGGCCCCCACAGCCCAUCCCCACCCUAAGGCUGGAAGGAGCCGAGUCCAUCGAAAAACUCAACAGCAGCUUCCCGUCCAUCCACUGUAGUUCCUGGUCUGAGGAGACCGCCUCCUGCAGUGGGGGCAGCAACACCAUCAGGAGAGCCCGGCCGGUCUCCCUCACGGUGCCCACUCAGGCUGCGGCCCCAGGGAGGCAGUUCCAUGGCAGUGCCAGCAGCCUGGUAGAAGCGGUCUUGAUUUCAGAAGGACUGGGGCAGUUUGCUCAAGAUCCCAAGUUCAUCGAGGUCACGACCCAGGAGUUGGCGGACGCCUGCGACAUGACCAUAGAGGAGAUGGAGAACGCGGCCGACAGCAUCCUCAGUGGGGGCGCGCAGCAGAGCCCCAAUGGCACCCUACUACCUUUUGUGAACUGCAGGGACCCGGGGCAGGACAGGGCGGGCGGCGAGGAGGACGGGAGCUGUGCGCGCGCCCUGGGGCGAGGCCGGAGCGAGGAGGAGCUCCAGGACAGCAGGGUCUACGUCAGCAGCCUGUAGUCGCAGGGCUGGGAGACGCCGGGUUUUUUAUUUGUUUCAAUGUUCCUAAUGGGUUCGUUUCAGAAGUGCCUCACUGUUCUCGUGACCUGGAGUUAACCGGAACAGCGUCUUCAUUCAUUUCUGUUGGGACAAGACGCAGAGCUGGGUGGUGUGAGAGCCCGCUUUUCACGGGGAGGAGAAGCCGCGAGGCAGUGUGUGUCCACCGAGCGACAGGCGAGAAGCGGGCAGAGGAAUCUCGGCGGCGAGCAAGGCCCACGCGCCGCCCUGCGCUGUCAGCCCUGCGCCGGGUCCGGCGUCGCCUCCGGGGCCCGAGAGGACCUACGCUCCCUGCGGCGGCUCGCUCAGAAAGGACCCUCGAGCAAACGGGUGUCUUUCAACUUCGCUUGUAAAAAAUCAUUUGCACACAUUCUGUAUGAGCCUCACUGUCCCCAUAGAGCCAGGCCCUGUGCAUUUGGAGGAGGAGAGGGGUGUGACUUCCAGCAAGAGCCCAGCCUACUGGAGAGGAACGAGGAGGAGCGGAGGAGACAGCAGCCUGGGGGACAGGCGCGCAGGGCCCGGGACGCGGGUAGAGUGGCGGCUUCACCCCGAGUCCCGCGGCUGCAGUCCCGGCCACCUCCGCUCGCCGCGACAGGAUCCUUUUGCCUGCACAAGCCACGCGAGCUGCAGACCAGAGCCCGGCCAGCGUCAGCGCGAGCCAGGACAGGACCGAGCUGGCGCUGCCCGGGGAUGGGGCCGCCAGCUCUCACCGAAGGAGGUGGUGCUGAGCUUCCUUUGAGCGCUCUUUUGUUUUGUGGUUUGACAUUUUUCUUGACAGCAUGUUGCAGUUUUUCUUUUUUCUUUUUUUUUUCUGGUUUAUUUUAUUUUUGUUUUCCCAGGGGGAGGGAAGGAAGAGGAGCGUUUACAAGUUUUGUAGCCACCCACCUUACUGUUUUCACUUUUGCAUCUGUAAACCAGGUUUGGUUUUACUGUAUUCGUUAAACAGUUGCAGAUUUCCUUUUUCCAUUGAGGGAGGGUUCAAUAGCCACUGUAGGAGAGUUUUACCAGCCUUCGUGUAUGCCCCAUAAUUUGUUAUAAUUUCCUUAGGUAGUAACAAUUUUUCUUUCUGGUUUGAUUUGGUUUUACAAUUUAAAGGUAAUUGGCAAUGCACUUGAUGGGUCUUGCACAAACGGGCGAUUGGGGUUGGUUUACGCUAGGUGUGUUGGUGGGUGCAGGAGAGAGGAAGUAUGAGAGAGUGUGUGUUGGGCGUGUGUGUGUGUGAGUAGAGGUUGUCUGUGUGCAUGUGUCUAUGUUGUAUGUGUGUAUAUGUACCCGCUCAGUGUGCCCAUGCACACAGGUGAGUGCAGAGUUUCCCCUUUCUGGCUUAACUGUGGGGAGAUCUGAAUCUAGGGCCAUUUGAAAGCAAAAACAAACCACUGUCUCUGCUUCUGAAACGGGAAUCAGUAACUCUUUGCAUUUUCUGUCCCACAAGAUAUGCAAAAACAAUGCAAUAAUAUUCAUUUUAAAAAUACAAUUGUGAGUCGUGUUGGCAUUAGAACUGUAUUUAAAAAAACACAGAAAUUUAAGAAAAAAAAACUCAAGAAGGCAUUUUGCUUCGAUAUAUUCCGUGUAAUGUUUUAUUGCAUUGAUAAUGUUUCUGUUGAAGAAACCGUUAUACUUGAAUUCAGGUCAGUUUCAGUAUUUUUCAAAUAUUUUUUUAAAACUGAAUUGCAAUUGUGCCAAGCGAAUAUAAUGAAUUAAGUUUGUUUUUGAAUUCACUUCUUGUAUAUUUUGCUGCAUGUAAAGUAAAUCAUUUUGUAUUUGGAGUGUGACAAGCUUUACCUUUGAA